CUUUAUUAUUUACCAGAUUCACAGAUUGUUAACUGUUAUUUUUUUAAAUUAAUAGGUGUAUAAGUUCAAAGAAACUAAAAAUUGCUUUAAUAAUUGUAAUUGUAGUGCUUCGGUAAAAAUGGAGAAGAAACCUUUGCUGCAUAUCGACAAGUGUAAGAUUCGAAAACAUUGGGGAAAGACUGAUUCUGAAGUAGAAGAAGACAUUGAAACCCUUAAAAAAUGGAUUAAAACUAUGGAUUUCCCAGAAAUGCCAACUGAUCAUAUGAUUGAAUUUUUCCUUACCAACUGUAAAUACAACAUCGAUAAAACAAAAAUAAACUUGGAAACGUUCUAUUCUAUAAGAAAAAUGAUUCCUGAAAUAUACGAAUGUUCUAAUCCAAAAUUACCGGAAAUAAUGGAAGCAUGGGACAUGGGUUGUUAUUUGCCAUUACCGACGGCAGCUGAAGGUUUAUACAGAAUUUCACUAGUGAAUAUAAGUCCUAAUACUUCCAAUUUUAACGUUCAACGAUAUUUCGCUAAUUUUAUGAACGUUUACGAAAUAAGAAUUUGCGAAGACCUGGUACUUAGUGAGAUAGUGGUAGUAGAUUAUAACCAGCUAAAAUGGAGUCAUAUUUUUCAUUUUUCUCCUUUUUUAUUAAGAAAAAUGAUAAUGAUAAUGGAGAAUGUUGCCAAAAGUCGGGUUAAAGUAAUACACAUAGUCAGAGCUCCAUCGUAUGUAAGUGUAAUUGUUAAUAUAACUAAGAAAUUCAUGAAAAAGAAAAUGGCCGACAGGAUCCAAACUCAUAAAGAUUUCGAAUCUCUUUAUGAUUCUGUACCUCAAGAAUUAUUACCAAGUGAUUAUGGGGGCAAGGAACCUCCAGUAUCCGAGUUAAUUGAAAUGUGGAAAAACAAAGUUAUGGAAUACCAAGACAGAUUCGAUAUGUGGGAUAAAGUAAUGCAAGAAGACCAGCAAUAAAUAGUUCAAAUAUUUGUGAAUU